GUGAUUACUGCUCCGGGGCCCUACCAGCUGCGGUUCAUGCCUCUCGUCCUGCAGCACCUGCAGUUGGCCCCCGGCCUUCUAAACCUGAACCUCCGCCACUGCGAGGCCGGCGAGUCCAACGCCACCACCGCGCUCAUCUCAGCGGCGGGCGGCGGCAGCGGCGCGAGCGCGUCCGCCGCGGCGGCGGGCGUGCUUGCACCGUGCCAGCGGUGUAGGCUAGGGAGCGUGAGCCUCGACCCGAACGCGGCGGGCGGCUGCAACCUAUGCGACGACGCAGAUCACGCCUUGUGGUGA